AACAUUUCUGUUUCUAGACGGUCAGCAUUUUCGCUACCACUGCCAUCGUCAUGGCGAGACAUCUUCGCUUCGUUGCCCGGACGGUGAUGGUCCAAGACGGCAACGUGGAUGGAGCGUACAAACAUCUCAACAGGAUCCUGGCCCAAGAUGGGAUCAUUGAGACAGUGAAGCGCAAGCGCUACUUUGAGAAGCCCUGCAGAGAGCGUCAGCGGAAGAACUAUGAGAACUGUAAGCGUAUCUACGACACUGAAAUGGCCCGGAAAAUUGCUUUCAUCUCCAGGACAAACAGGACGGAUCCUUGGCUCGGUUCUUAGUGAAAUGGCGAGUCAUAAGGCGAUGUUCACAGUGGAAUGGUUGAAAUGGAGUCUGCAAGGUGGAAAAAAGGAAACUCGGCCCAGUAUUAGUGUCACCAAAUGGAGAGAUGGAAAGAAUGGGAUACAUUUUCUCACAAGGAAUGUUGUAGUCCCACAUUAUUUUGUUUUGGCACAAACUUUUGUAUGAAAAAAUACUGUGGUUGUCCUUGGAAAUUAUAUUUUUCCUCCUUAUGAACACUGUUUAAUCCAUUAUGUAUUUAAAACAUUUGUUGAAGUAAAAAAUGGAUUUCUUUAUUUUUUUUAUUUUUAAGGCUCCCCAAAUAUAUUGUCUAAAAUGUUUCAAUACUGCUGGAUACCAGACUGUCAGAUCAGUUGAAUAGAUUAUUAUUGACACAUUGAGUGAAAUCCAUGUUUCAUCUUUCAUCCAUGUUUUCUAUAGCACUUGUUCUAAUUAUAUUGUGGGUGAGCUGGAUCUAUCUCCAGACUUCAUUUAUCAGGAUGAAAUUUUAAGUAGUUUUGUCUGUUCACACUAAAGCUGUAGGGAAGCUUCUAAACUGGUAGAAAGUGUAUUGUAAUUUUGUUUUGAUAUCACACUUGGCCUAUAAACUGAGCAGACUUUCGUUACCCCCUGUCAAAAAAAAAAAAAAAAGUGUCAAUAUCUGAGGAGUCAUUCAUGUCACAAAAAUAGUUCCAUGUGAAAUCUGUAAUGGAAAAAGUUUCUUGCAAAAGCUCGAGUGCUUGAUCGCAACAAUUUUCACCAAUGUGCAUUGCAUAAAUCCGUAUAAGAGAAUUGGCUUUGUCAUUCAAACGAUUCCUAAGAGAAUUGCACAGUCGACUCUUCAAAGUAAAUGACAUAAGUAGCAAUAUAAAACGGGGAACCUGCUCGGACCAUAUACAUUUUGGCCUUCGUUGCAGAUAUUGUAUUUUUGCAUGAAAAUAGGAGUAUUUUCAAGGUUAAAGAUAGCUGAACUGUAUUUCACUCAUGCAUGCACCUAAAUAAAGACCAAUGUAUUGUGAAUAAUAACUAAUACAAAUUUGAUGAAUAUUUUACUGCAUGAGAGGCUGUAAUUGAGACGAAAAUAAAUUCAUAAUUCAAGGCUC